AUGGCCGGCAAACAAAUUCUGUGCGCGUUUGGGGUUGACCUGGACGCCGUUGGCGGUUGGCUGGGUUCCUAUGGCGGGGAGGACUCACCUGACGAUAUUUCCCGCGGCGUGUUCGCCGGGGAAGUGGGAACGCCCCGGCUGCUGAAACUCUUUGAACGACUGGACAUCAAGACCAGCUGGUUUAUCCCUGGCCACUCCAUCGAGACCUUUCCGGAUGAAUGCCGGAUGAUUGUGGAGCAAGGGCAUGAGGUCGGAAUGCACGGCUACUCCCACGAGAAUCCCAUCGCCAUGUCGCCGGAGCAGGAGGAGGUAGUGUUGCUGCGCUGCAUCGACCUGAUUACCGAGCUUUCGGGGCAACGGCCACGGGGCUACGUCGCGCCAUGGUGGGAGUUCAGCCACGUUACCAACGAACUGCUGCUGAAGCACGGUAUCAAAUAUGACCACAGCCUGAUGCACCGCGAUUUUGAGUGCUACUAUGUCCGCGUGGGCGACCGAUGGACGAAGAUUGACUAUGCCAUGCCGGCAGACUACUGGAUGCACGCCCUGGAGCGUGGCGAGGAGACCGACCUGGUGGAGAUACCGGCCAACUGGUACCUGGACGACCUGCCGCCGAUGAUGUUCAUCAAGAAGUCGCCCAACAGCCACGGGUUCGUAAAUCCCAGGGACAUUGAAUCGAUGUGGCGGGACCAGUUCGAUUGGGUGUACCGGGAAUACGACGAGGCGGUGUUCCCCAUAACUAUUCAUCCGGACGUGAGCGGCCGGCCGCAGGUGCUGCUGAUGCUGGAGCGCAUCACGGAAUACAUCCGCUCUCACGACGGCGUGCGCUUUGCAACGUUUGAGGAGAUUGCGGACGAUUUUCUGGCCAAACACCCCAGGCAACGGCAGUAA